AUGCCUCUACAACCUGUUUUGGUGCUAGAAGUUUUUGAUUGUUGGGGCAUUGACUUUAUGGGGUCAUUUCCUCCUUCUUUUGGUCAUUUAUACAUUCUAGUUGUUGUCGACUACGUAUCUAAAUGGAUCGAAGCUAUUCCUUUCAAAACAAUUGGCCAUCAAAUUGUGCUUAAGUUUUUAAGAGAAAACAUUUUCUCUCGUUUUGGCAUGCCUAAAUCUAUCAUAAGUGACAAUGGCACCCAUUUUUGCAACAAUGCCCUCUUACAAAAGUAUGGCAUUCACCAUAAGAUUUCUAUUCCAUGUCACCCUCAAACAAAUGGUCAAGCUGAACUUGCUAAUAGGAAAAUUAAGACCAUUUUGGAAAAAACUAUGAAUCCUAACCUUAAGGAUUGGACUUUGAGAUUACCCGAUGCAUUGUGGGCAUAUAGGACUGCAUAUAAAACUAUUCUUGGCAUGUCCCCUUAUCGGUUAGUCUAUGUUAAGGCAUGUCACCUUCCUAUUGAACUUCAACACCGUGCCUUUUGGGCCAUCAAGAAAUUUAAUUUUGAUAUUGACCAGGCUAGAUCUUUAAGGAAGUUACACCUUUCUGAAUUAGAGGAAUUCAGGAGGGAUGCUUACGAUAACUCUAAGUUGUCCAAGGAACGCAUGAAGUCUUUACAUGAUAAGCAUAUUCAAAGAAAAUCAUUUGAACCUAAUCAGCAAGCUUUACUUUACAAUUCUCAACUUCAUUUGUUUCCUAGCAAGUUAAGAUCCCAAUGGAGUGGGCCCUAUCUAAUUAAAACAGUCUUUCCUCAUGGUGCUGUUAAGGUUGUCAAUCCUCAAAAUGGAAAUUCCUUCAAGGUAAAUGGCCAAAGACUCAAACCUUUUCGGAAAAAAUUUUCACCUGAGGCCACCACCAGUCUUUUGCAAGAUCCUACUUACCCUACUGCUGCUUAA